CGCUCUCUCCGCUCGUGCUUUACAGCUCCUCGCGCGCAGGUGUGUGUGCGGCUCCGAGUCAGAUCUGAGGAUGAUGCGAUACGCACAACUUCUCGCAGCAGUCAUUUACUGCUUCGUUUGCAUUUAUUCUCUACCGGUGCCAGAAGUGAAAAACAGUCACCGUUACAAAACUGCGGACUGGCCUCCCAAGACUCAUUACCAGGGCCUUAAAAAAAGGGGCAGACUCCAUCAUGAUCAGGAAACACUCAAUGAAGACUUUAGCAAUAAGAAAGUGAAGCCACACUUGUCUCUUCCCAAAAACGGUUCUGACUGGAACAGACCUCGCUGUGGAGUUCCAGACUACCCCUCGCAGAAAAAAGGGAGCUCCACUCACAAAGAAGCCUUGCUUGGGAGUCGUCAUCGGCAAAAACGAUUUGUUUUGUUUGGAGGACGAUGGGACAAAACAGACCUCACAUACAGGAUCAUGCGCACACCUUGGCAGAUGAGCUUGGAGAAAGUCAGAGAUGUACUGAACGAGGCGUUCCGGUCCUGGAGCAACAUCACCCCAUUGACUUUUACUGAGGUCACCAGCGGCCGGGCGGAUAUCACUAUUGACUUCAACAGGUACUGGCAUGGAGACAACCUACCUUUUGAUGGCCCAGGAGGUAUUCUGGCCCAUGCAUUCUUUCCCCGAACAUAUCGGGAGGGGGACAUCCACUUUGACUAUGACGAGUCUUGGACAAUUGGCAACAACAUGGGUACUGACCUCCUCCAGGUGGCCGCUCAUGAGAUCGGUCAUGUUUUAGGACUGCAACACUCCCUAGAACCUGGAGCUGUAAUGUCACCUUUCUACUCAUUCUCGUACCCGCUUCUGCUAAGUGUGGAUGACAAGCGGGGCAUACAGUCCCUGUACGGUGCCAAACAAAUGGAGGAGAAAGUAGAGAAGAAUGAGAUACCGCCUGAAGCCCCAGAAACAAACGAAAUUGAAAUCACAAUGCCUGAUGCUUGUCAGACAGACUUUGAUGCAGUAUCUAUGAUCCGAGGCGAGCUGUUUUUCUUCAAGUCGGGUUACGUGUGGAGGAUUCGUGAAGGUAAACUGCAGGCUGGAUAUCCCGCGCUGGCGUCCAGGCACUGGAGAGGAAUCCCUGAAAAAAUUGAUGCCGCUUUUGAGGACAGAUCUGGAAAUAUCUGGUUCUUCCAAGGGCAAAGUUACUGGGUGUUUGACGCAGAGCGGCAGAUCACUGGGCCGGACUCCGUUCAUCGGCUGGGUCUUACCGUGAAAGACAUCCAAGCUGCCCUCAUGUGGGGAGAAGACAAGACCCAGAAGAUCUACUUCUUCAAAUCAGGCAACUACUGGCGAUUCAACCUGCUGGAAAACCGCAUAGACACCACUCACUCUCGCAGCAUGAGGGACUGGAGGGGCAUACCCAAUGACAUAGACGCUGCUUUCCAAGAUCGCUACGGCUUCGCACACUUCCUGAGAGGAAACCAGUAUUGGAAAUUUGAUCCAGUGGAAGUGAAUGUGCUAGAAGGUUAUCCCCGAUACACCGGCAUGGAUUUCUUCGGUUGCUCCCCGGCUCUGUAUCGAUAACUUAAUCUCAUAUUUAUCACUGAUUUCUACCUUUUUUAACAUACCUGUGCACCGUAUUCUCCCUGCAUUUUUGCACGAUCUUGUACGAGCGGCAGGGUUGGUAUUUUUUAUUUCAGUUAAAGUGUCAGAUAUGCUGUAUACAACUGGAUCAAACACUUUUAUUUUUGAGCAGUUACCGUGUAACUGCUCCAUCUGUGACCCAAGGUGCUGUAUCAUGUUUUCUGCACCACUUUUCUUGAAAACAUAUUCACUUGUAGAAACUGACAUUAGCUGGAUGCUUUUAUCUGAACAUUCGGAUCUUCUCAAAUACACUCCUCUCUCUCAGGAAAAGCAGGAAACUCUGGCCUUAAAAUAUCUGACAUGUUUGGUCUACUUGAUUAUUUAUUACCUGUAUAUUUAGUUGGCAGUAUUGAUAAUGUAAGGAACAUGUAACAGCCACUCUUCUUGAAAAGUACUUUAAAAUGUUGGCAGUGAUUUUAAGAUUCAAAGGAACGUUUAGUGUGUAUCCACUCUCCUCAUCUGUGGCAUGCUCCCAUUUGUCACAGAAACACUUUGUAAUUGGUAAAACAAAAACAAGCAAAAAUCUCGUUCAUAGUAAAAUACUUACAAUGGCAGUAUUUGGGACAUCUGAAGGCACAAAUAAGUUCAGCUUGUACUUGUAUUAAGGGUCUUUUUCCAUACACAAACAGGUCCUUAGACUCAUGUUAACAAGUAUACUGAAUAAAUAUGAACUUCUAUAUUUUAAUAUUUCUUUUAAUCAUACGUGUAAUGUCUGGCCCCAGAGACUUCCAUUGUAAGUACUCUACUACACAGGGAAAUAUAUUGAACACAGAACAUUCUUUUAAUGCCCCAUGUUUAAAAAAAGAUAUAUAUAUAUGAAUCCCAUAUUUUCAAAAUAAAAGUGCCAAAUUUUUCGAUAUAUCAUCAGUUUUAAAGUCACCAUGUAAUCAAACAGGAAAAUUUGAACUGUUUUACACAGUGUUGCAAUGAUUAUUAUAAAUAAUUAGUCCGAUUAUUAAUAAUAAUUAGUUUCACUCAGAUACACAUCAAGAUACAGAAAAGAAGUCAAUCAUAACUUCCGUUUCACAGGGACUUUAAAGUGAUAUUCCACACAUGAAUGAACAUUAUGUCAUCAUUUACUAGAAGUUUACAAGUUUCAAAAGUAUUUAAAUUACUUUUGGUAGAAUGCUAGCAAUUUUCGGUGCUGGGUCAUCAUUGACUACCGCAGUAGAAAAUUUUUUAAUGCUUUCCUACAGUCUUCAAAAUAUCUAUUGUGUUCAUCAGAAGAAAAAAUAUACAAUCGUUUUUUUCAACUAUGGAAUGUUGUCCCAGAACUGAAAAUUGCUAACAUUCUUCCAAAUAUCUUUCUUUGUGUUCAUUAGAACAAAGACAUUUAUACAGGGUUGGAACAAAAAUAAGUAAAUUAAGACAAAAUUUUCCUUUUUGGGUGAACUUUUCCUUUAAUGUGUAAGCAUGUUGGGUACAAAUAUAGGUGCUAAAAGAAACCGUACCUCGUGUACAUUAUAGUAUUCUCAACAUAAGCAACAGCUUUUACUAUUUCACUGCCAAAUAUGCUGAAUGAUGCAUUACAUUCCAUUUUUUGUAACCACAUUGGUUUUGAGAUCUUGUAGUUUUUGAUCUCUAGCAGUGAUGGUUAUAUGAAGAUUCUUAUGUAGUACAUAUAGGUGCUAACUUGACCAUUAUAUCUCAAUCGAAAAUAAAACAGGCUUUUUUUACUUCUAAAGUAUAAUAAAUGUUAGUUGGUGAAACAUUGAAGUGCCUCAACUAGAAUAGAACUACAGCUAAUGUUGUACUUUGAGCAUUAGGUUUAACUUACAUCUGGAAGACUUGUUCUUGAAUAUUCAUAUGUAGCCUAUGUUUUGCAGUGCAGGUCACUGAUGCAGAUCAUGUUAAUAAUUCAAAUAAACUCUCUGUGUUCUUUGGUUCUCACAAAGCACUGGUUAUAAUUUGCUUUCAAUUCACUGUUUUUACAUGUAUGUAACCAAUUAUUUCUCUUGGUAUUAUUUUAAUGAUGCAUUUACUGUGUAAAUUUUUGAGAAACUUUUGUAAAAAGAAUUGUAUUAUAUUUUCAACUCCAAUAAACUAAACUCUUUCAUCGUG